AUGGUAAUUCUACGGUGUUUAAUUUUAGUGAUAUUACUGAGUUUUAAAGACUGUGCUGGACACACCUGGGUCACAACAGAUGAAUUGGAAAACCAUAUUUGUCCCGAGGAUCUCCGUGAGUUUAUGAAGUGGCAUGAAGAGAGAGGUAAUGGAACCACUGACGUAUUCAAUGAUCUGGACUAUGGCUCACCUGAGGAGACUACAACGGGCCUCCCUGUUCCGGACACAGUCGAUUGCUUUGGCUUGGGUAGCUUCACGAAACAGCUCUUUAAUAUGCAGCCGGACAGUGCUGAAAACGUCAACACACACUUCUACUUCUCCUCGCGGCAGACGCCACAGAGAGUUCAGGUUUUCCCCGGAGAUCAAUUCGGCUUGGAAUGGGUCGACUUCAACCCGAAGAGGAGGACGGUGAUGAUAGUACAUGGAUUCAUGAGUUUCAGCAACGCUUCCUGGGUCAUAGAUAUGACGCGUGCCUUUUUAAAUUGGGGUGAUGUGAACGUUAUAACGGUCGACUGGAGUGGAGGCGGGAAUACUUGGAAGUAUUGGAGGGCGGUUGCGAACACCAGAAGAGUAGGAUCCGACGUUACCGGGUUCCUGCGUCAACUGAUAGAUGCAACUGGCGCGAAGGCCAAAGACUUUCACUUCAUCGGCCACAGUCUCGGCGCGCACAUUGCCUCCUACGUCUCCUACCAUUUGAAGGGCGUCGCCAGAAUAACCGGUUUGGAUCCAGCUCAGCCAUGCUUCCGCACUGAGAGUCUGGUGGAGCGCUUAGACGCGACAGACGCGGAAUUUGUCGACGUGAUACAUACAAAUGGGCGUCUCUUGAAGAGGAUCGGCUUUGGAUUUCCUGAACCGACCGGCCAUGCAGACUUCUAUCCCAACGGUGGCAUGAAGCAGCCGGGUUGCUUUAACACGUCCAAUUCAAUAUUGUCGCGAAUCCUAUCUUUUCCGGUUGCAAGGCUACAGCAAGCCAUUUGCAGCCACGGACGCUCUUACCUCCUUUUCACCGAAUCGUUGAUCAACAAUAACUGCACGUUCAGAAGUCAUCGUUGGAAUUUAACUUACGAAGGUGUGAACGCGAGUUUAGAGGCGGCCUGUGACAGAAUAGCGUCCUGCUCCGAGAUGGGGAUAAGUGCAGUGGGCGGAAAUGGCCUGCCGCGGGCCAAGGGGACCUAUUUCGUGCUCACCACCGAGAGGGAACCCUAUUGUCCCACGGAAUGGCAACGUCGCCACCCUCUUCCCGAGUUGCUGUGGGACCUCCGCAAAGGCUUCCGUUUAGACAGAUCCGUCAAGCCAACUGUCGUCACAACCGAAGCCUAUGCAGAUCCGCUGGAAAUCAAAGAGACGACUACCACCGCGCCUGGUUGGUUCAAGAGGUGGUUCGGU